UACUUUGCUUGUGAGUUGCCUGGAGGGGUUAAGACGCCUUAAAUAAGCACUAAGAUGCUUCAGCAACGUGACCAGGCAGUAGGGGCCCCUCACAUGACCCCGAGAUGCUACACGGUGUCUCCCUCCCUGCACAGGGCGUGUGCCCAUCCAGCGACCCGUUUUUCCAGUCGCCCUACACUCUGGGUCUGCGCUCCCGCGCCCCCACCCCUAGCGGAGCCUGACGCGGCGGUGGCUCAUGCGCCUUUCCGCCCAAGCCUCUCGCCACGGACCACACGUCCCAUCCCGGCCGCCGGCUCCUCCCCCAGCCCCAGGCGCGCCCCUGCAGCUCGCAGGCUCCGGUGGCACCGCGGCCACGCCCGCGGGCCGAGAGCGCUGAUUGGCUGGGGCUCCGCGGCGGGCGGCCCGGGGCACACACACCCUCUCGGCGCAGCCAAUGGGCUUGCGCGCGUCACUGCCCGGGCUGCCCACGAGCCGGCCGCCCCUCAAUAAGCCACAUUGUUGCACGAAACUGCAGCGCAGGAGUCCCCGGCCGCCGCCGUGUCACCCAGCCUGUCAGGUCCGCGGGCCAGAGCAUCACGCGGUUGAGCCUCAGAAGUGCGAGCGCCCUCGCGGAGCCCGGGUGCGACCCUUUCCAAACCGCGCCCCAGUGGCCGUGUGGCAGCAGUUAGCGCCUGGACCGUGAGGCAAACCGACACGUCGCCGGGUGCUCAUCUCGAGUGCCUUCCAGCAGUUGUGACUCCGGAGCAGACUUUUUCUAGAAACCCGAGCGAGGUCCUCCCGCCACCUCUCUCUCCAGGUGCGCGUCCCCUUCCGGAGCCUCAGCUGUGCUCGGAGCCCCGCACCAAGCGGACAGCCCACGCUUGCCCCGCGCCCAGCCUCGCAGCCCCGCCUGCGCCGCAGGAUGAUCGCCUCGCAUCUGCUCGCUUACUUCUUCACGGAGCUCAACCAUGACCAAGUGCAGAAGGUUGACCAGUAUCUCUACCACAUGCGUCUCUCUGAUGAAACUCUUCAGGAGAUCUCAAAGCGGUUCCGCAAGGAAAUGGAGAAAGGGCUUGGAGCCACCACCCACCCCACUGCUGCAGUGAAAAUGCUGCCCACCUUUGUGAGGUCUACUCCAGAUGGGACAGAACAUGGCGAGUUCCUGGCUCUGGAUCUUGGAGGGACCAAUUUCCGAGUGCUUCGGGUGAGGGUUAUGGACAAUGGGCUCCAGAGAGUUGAGAUGGAGAACCAGAUCUACGCCAUCCCUGAGGACAUCAUGCGAGGCAGCGGCACCCAGCUGUUUGACCACAUUGCGGAAUGCCUGGCUAACUUCAUGGAUAAGCUACAAAUCAAAAACAAGAAGCUCCCUUUGGGUUUUACUUUUUCCUUCCCUUGUCAUCAAACAAAACUAGAUGAGAGUUUCCUGGUCUCAUGGACCAAGGGGUUCAAGUCCAGUGGUGUGGAAGGCAGAGAUGUGGUCACUCUGAUCCGGAAGGCCAUCCAGAGGAGAGGGGACUUUGAUAUUGAUAUUGUGGCUGUGGUGAAUGACACAGUUGGAACCAUGAUGACUUGCGGUUAUGAUGACCAGAACUGUGAGAUUGGUCUUAUUGUGGGCACAGGCAGCAAUGCCUGCUACAUGGAGGAGAUGCGUCACAUCGACAUGGUGGAGGGCGAUGAGGGGAGGAUGUGUAUCAACAUGGAGUGGGGGGCCUUUGGGGAUGAUGGCAUCCUCGACGACAUCCGCACUGAGUUUGACCAGGAAAUUGACAUGGGCUCCCUGAACCCUGGGAAGCAAUUAUUUGAGAAGAUGAUCAGUGGGAUGUACAUGGGAGAACUAGUGAGACUUAUCCUGGUGAAGAUGGCCAAGGAGGAACUGAUUUUUGGGGGGAAGCUCAGCCCUGAACUCCUUGCCACAGGUCGCUUUGAGACCAAAGAUGUUUCAGAUAUUGAAGGGGAGAAGGACGGGAUCCGGAAGGCACGUGAGAUCCUGCUGCGGCUGGGCAUCGACCCCACGGAAGAGGACUGCGUGGCCACUCACCGCGUCUGCCAGAUCGUGUCCACCCGCUCCGCCAGCCUGUGUGCCGCCACCCUGGCGGCUGUGCUGCGGCGCAUCAAGGAGAACAAGGGCGAGGAGCGGCUGCGCUCCACCAUCGGGGUGGAUGGCUCUGUCUACAAGAAACACCCCCAUUUUGCCAAGCGGCUUCACAAGGCAGUGCGGCGCCUCGUGCCUGACUGUGAUGUCCGCUUCCUCCGCUCUGAGGAUGGCAGUGGCAAGGGGGCAGCCAUGGUGACAGCAGUGGCUCAUCGUCUGGCUGACCAACACCGAGCCCGCGAGAAGGUGCUGGAGUCUCUGAAACUGAGCCGGGAGCAGCUGCUAGAGAUCAAGAGGAGGAUGAAGGUGGAAAUGGAGCGAGGUCUGAGCAAGGAGACCCAUGCCAUUGCUCCCGUCAAGAUGCUGCCCACUUACGUGUGUGCCACCCCUGAUGGCACAGAGAAAGGUGACUUCCUGGCCUUGGACCUCGGGGGGACUAAUUUCCGGGUCCUGCUGGUGCGUGUGCGCAACGGGAAGCGGCGGGGAGUGGAGAUGCACAACAAGAUCUACUCCAUACCCCAGGAGGUCAUGCAUGGCACCGGGGAUGAGCUCUUUGACCACAUCGUCCAGUGCAUAGCUGACUUCCUGGAGUACAUGGGCAUGAAGGGCGUGUCCCUGCCACUGGGCUUCACCUUCUCCUUCCCCUGCCAGCAGAACAGCCUGGACGAGAGUAUCCUCCUCAAAUGGACAAAAGGUUUCAAGGCAUCUGGCUGUGAGGGCGAGGAUGUAGUCACCCUGCUGAAGGAAGCCAUCCACAGGCGAGAGGAGUUUGACCUGGACGUGGUUGCCGUGGUGAAUGACACAGUCGGGACCAUGAUGACUUGUGGCUAUGAAGAUCCUCACUGUGAAGUUGGCCUCAUCGUUGGCACGGGCAGCAAUGCCUGCUACAUGGAGGAGAUGCACAAUGUGGAGCUGGUGGAAGGGGAAGAGGGGCGCAUGUGCAUCAACAUGGAGUGGGGGGCCUUCGGGGACAAUGGCUGCCUCGAUGACUUUCGCACAGAAUUUGACGUGGCUGUGGACAAGCUUUCCCUUAACCCCGGCAAACAGAGGUUCGAGAAAAUGAUUAGUGGCAUGUACUUGGGCGAGAUUGUCCGUAACAUACUCAUUGAUUUCACAAAGCGUGGACUACUUUUCCGUGGCCGCAUCUCAGAAAGGCUCAAGACAAGGGGCAUCUUUGAGACCAAGUUCCUGUCUCAGAUUGAGAGCGACCGCUUGGCCCUGCUGCAGGUCCGUGCCAUCCUGCACCACUUGGGACUUGAGAGCACCUGUGACGACAGCAUCAUCGUCAAGGAGGUGUGCACGGUGGUGGCCCGGCGGGCAGCCCAGCUCUGUGGCGCAGGCAUGGCUGCCGUAGUGGACAAAAUACGAGAAAACCGCGGACUGGAAACUCUUAAAGUGACAGUGGGUGUGGAUGGGACCCUCUACAAGCUGCAUCCUCACUUUUCGAACAUCCUAUGUGAGACCGUAAAGGACCUGGCUCCCAAGUGUGAGGUGUCCUUCCUGGAGUCUGAGGACGGCAGCGGAAAGGGAGCUGCGCUCAUCACCGCCGUGGCCUGCCGCAUCCGUGAGGCAGGGCAGCGAUAGGGGCCCAGUGGCCAGACAGGCCUUGCACUGGCAUCCACUCUUUCUGCUUGAAUUAUAAGAGCCCCACUCCCCACCCCCCACCCCUGGUGACAGAGACAGACCUCUUGGCUUUUUCUUGACAGAGAAGACCCAGGGGGACUGUGUUUAGUCUCUGCUCACUACACUUUGUAGAGCUUGGUACCAAGCCUUGGCUCUCCUGAGGUAAAGCAAUUUGAAGUAAGCAUUUGUUCAUGCACACCUGGACCAUUCCUAUUAGUUCCCCUGAAAUGUAAAAGAGGAGCUCCAGUUGCGCAAGUGGUUAGCGCAUGGUACUUACAUGAAAUGUAAAAGGAACUGUAGCUCUUAGGAAUCGCCCUGGCAAAACUCCCAUGCAUUCUUACAGGAGAGGGACAACAAUGAAAAGAUGCCUCUGAAGCGGAACAUAACAUUUUUCAGUGGGGAACAACCCCCAAGCCAGAGCUUGCUGCUGUUUCUCCUGUCAGAGAUCUGGGAAGAUCUCUAAUAGUUGAGCCUGAACUUGGUGGUAGGGGUGAGGGGUGGCAGCUGCUCUUCAGUCUCAUCGAUAAGAAUUUGCCCAGCGGGUUCCAGCAGAUUCCACUGUUCCUGAAAUCAAAGGAUCCUGAGUCUGAGCAAAAAAAAACCAAACAAACAAAAAACCAAAGCCAAAAGCUGAAGCUUCCUUCAAGUGCGUUUCCUUUUGGGGUUCAGCCUUGAGCAAUUGCCCUUUGUGGGGGAGGAGGAGUUUUGGGGUCUGUUUUUAAUACCCCCCAACCCUACCCCCCGCAGAAGUAGAAACACUGUAUUUUCACUUUAAUUUAUGUUUGAAGUGUAUUUAGUUUAUGGAGUACAUCUCCUGCUUUCAUCUUAAUACUGUAUGUAAGGAAUGGUUGUUUGUAAUGUAUUUAUAUGUCUGCUUGUUCUAUCUAGAGAUACACAGUCUCCACAGGCCCAGCCUCACUAGUAGAUCAGGUUAGUUAACGGACAGAAGGUGGAGACACUGACUGGUUACUAGAAAUACCUCAUUCGCCUUUGGGAAGAGAAGGGAAGCCUCUUCAGGGUGAGUGAAUGGGGAAGCAGCACCUUCCUGGCUCCUCCUGUUGGAUUGGCCUAGAAUCAGACUGCUGGCACUUGGAGGCCGGGAUGGAGUGGAAGACGCUGGGUCUCAGCUACUGGCUACUCUGGCCAAAGACUCUCCUGGGGCCCAACUCCAUGGGGCGUUAACCAAAGGAAAUUUCAAACAGACUUAUUGCUUAGAAAGUUUCCUUCCUAAGGCAGUUGGGACAAGGUAAAGGAAGCCAUCGGAACCGCUUUUAAAUAUCAUGUCUCUCAAAGUAAACCAAGACUAAACAGUCAGACAAAUUAAACCUCAGGGACAACACUUCUGGCAGAUUGGCGCUGCCCUCCAAGCAAAUUCUACCUUGAGUUUGUCUGUAAAUGUUUUGUGAAAAGAGUUGUCUAAGGGCUUCCCUAGGCUGAUCAUCAGUUUUUAUAUACAAUAUUUAUUUCAAACUUCCAGGGGCAGCAGGGUGGGUGGGAAUGGCAUAAAACCUUCCAUAUCCUACUUUUCAAAAGCGACGUUAAUUCUGAAUUGGAAAACAUAUUUCUGCCCUAAAAUCUGAACACCUACACAUUUUAAUCCUGUAAACCACACACACGCACACACACGCAUGCGUGCACAGGAAUAGCCUUGUAACAUCACUGAGUAGGCUACAAGGAUCAAAACAGAAAGGUGCAAAGACAAGUCUCAGUUGCACCCAAUUUUUGCACACUUAGCAAAGUUGUACUGAGAACAGUGUGACUUGAAAAUGAAGUACUGUCUGUGAAAUUGCACGCUUUCUGGAAAAAAUUGAACUCUAUGUGUGGCUAUUAGAAAUGUUGUUGUUGGUUUCAGAAGGAAUGCUGGAAAGUAUAUUUUGAAUGUGUCCCCACAUGUAGAUGACAGUCCCUUGUUGACGCUGCUUUUUACCUGAUGUAAAUACAGUGGGUUUCCAUAUUUGGACUAGGAUGUGCUGGAUAGCAGAUCAUCUCAAACCCUUGAGCACCCAGUCUAGUGAAGAUGUGUGUAAAUAAGUAAUAAUUAAAAAAGAAACUAGUGGAAUUAACCAUGGGAUGUUAACUAUCAUUAAUAAAUCUUAACAUUUUUCAAAAUA